GAAGUUAGGGUUGUUAUAAGAAAAAGUUAAUGUUAAUGUUUUUUGUUUUUGAUCGCUAGGAGACGGUGAGGAGUUUGUUUAAACAGUUAUAAGAAUAAACUCAGAGUUCUCCAGAUAUUCAAAAGAGUCGUACAUAUGUUCUAAUUUAUUACGGCUACAAUUGGUGACCCCGACGUGCUCAAAGGAGAGAUUCUGUGUAAAAUUCAAAUUUAAAAAAAAGUAAAAUGUUUCAUUCACCUACUAGAGUAGAGGCGACAGAGAAGAAUUUCGAUAAUUUGGAAAGUUCAAGCAAGGAAGAGUGUAAUAUUGAAAACCGAUCUAAUGUGAUAGCGGCCGUGAGUGAUACCAAAUUGCCGCCCUUUUGGAAAGGACAACCAGAUUUAUGGUUUCUGCAAGCCGAAGCAAAAUUUAGAGCAAAAGGGAUCAGAAGUGAUCAGACAAAAUUUGACACUGUAAUCAGUAAUUUAGAUUCGGAGACGUUGCAGUGUAUUUCUGAUAUUGUUCGAAUUCCGCCGGAAUCAGAUAAGUAUGAAUUCUUAAAAGAGAAUUUGAUUAAGAGACUUUCGGAUUCUAGAGAAAAGCAACUUCAGAGGUUAUUGAACGAGCUGAGUUUGGCGGAUAAGAAACUUUCUCAUUUAUUACGAGAGAUGAGAGAGCAUGCAGCAGGUGUUGUGGGAGAUGAAUUUUUGCGUUCCUUGUGGUUAAGUAGAUUACCUGGAUAUGUGAGAGGAAUCCUUUCGGUAUCUGCGAAAUCCGAUUUGAAUACGUUGGCAGAGAUAGCUGAUAAUAUAUUGGAGAAUACAGCGAAUGGCUGUGUAAUGGCGGUUGGCACAAAACAUGGGGUGAAUGACGGUUUGGAGAAGAAAGUAGAGGAUCUCGAGAAAAAUUUUAUGGCGUUUGUACGAGAAGUUAAGGCGACAUUAGAGGAGAUUCGGUCAGGAAUGAAAUAUAAUUAUCGGUCAAGAUCUCGUUCUAACACGCCCAUGCGAUCACAAAUUUGUUUCUACCAUAAGAAAUUUGGAGGAAAAGCCUAUCGAUGCAUCGCACCGUGUGCCUUUGUUACUAACAGGCAGGAAAACUGA